UCAUCUCGCGUUUCCUUCGUUACAAAAAGAAACUAUGAGUCGUUGCAGUAUCAGUAUUAGUUUGCGAAUCCAUUUGUUCGGCAGGGUCAAAAAUGGAAAAAUCUCUAAUCCAACCAUUAAUCGCCGUCUUUGUCUCUUUCCUAGUCGCGACUAGAGCUUACGUAAAAAAAUCUCUCGACCUCUCCGGUGCAGUCGCCGGCUUCUUCGUUAUGACCAUUCAUAUUGCCGUCGGAAGCAGGUAUGGGGCUAUGUUGCUGGUCUUCUUUUUCACUUCAUCCAAGCUUACGAAGGUGGGAGAGGGCAAGAAACGACGCAUUGACGCCGAAUUCAAAGACGGCGGUCAGAGAAAUUGGAUACAAGUUUUAUCAAACAGUGGUAUAGCAACGGUUUUAGUUGUUAGUAUUUGGGGAUUGAGUGGAUGGGAAGACAAGUGCUUAGACUCGAAAGACUCAACCAUUAUGACUGCCCUCAUCGGUGGUGUUGUAGGUCAUUAUUGCUGCUGCAAUGGGGAUACUUGGUCUUCAGAGAUUGGGGUACUAAGUGAUGAUCAACCUCGAUUAAUCACUACUUUUAAGCCUGUUCGGAGGGGCACAAAUGGUGGUGUGACAAAAGCUGGACUACUGGCAGCUAUGGCAGCUGGCAGUGUUAUUGGACUGACAUUUGUGCUCAUUGGAUUUCUCACCACAAAAUGUACAUAUGAUGAUGCUCUGAAGCAGUUGUUGGUCAUUCCCCUCUCUACACUUGCAGGAUUAUUUGGAAGUGUUAUAGAUUCUUUGCUGGGUGCAACACUGCAAUUCAGCGGAUUCUGUACUGUUCGUAAUAAGGUUGUCGGAAAACCAGGACCAACAGUGAAGAAAAUUGCUGGUCUUACUAUUCUUGACAACAAUGCGGUGAACUUUGUGUCGAUAAUGGUGACAUCAGUGCUUACUGCUGUUGCAUGCGUGUACAUAUAUUGAAAUCCAAUAAUAUAAACGGAACUAUCUGAGUUUUGGGAGUAUGAAUAAUUCAGAUUAUUUCCAAUCAAAUGUGUACCAUUGAUACUGAAUGUAUCCUUAAUGCAAACUCAGAAGCUUAAGCUUACAUAAUAAAAGAUGAGAGUUUCAUUUGGUUUUCA